AUGAUGACGAGACAGGCCACCCGGUUUACCCCCGAGGUGUUGAUUUCGGCCCCGCGCCGUUCCACCGGCGUCCCAAACUCCACCGGCGAGCUCGUUCUCUAUACCAUCUCGUCUUACUCAUUUGACAAACACUCCAAGUCAUCUCAAAUCCGUGUCCUUAACAUCAAGGAUGACACCUCUCAUCUCAUCUCUGAGGAUUUGCAUGCCAGCGAUCCUAUCUGGAUCGGCGAGAAAGAGAUUGCCUUCAUCAAGAAUAGCGAUAAAGGAUCCUCAUCGCUAUACGUUCAGCACGUCCUAGACAAGUCCGAACCACACAUGGUAAACUGCUUUGCUGGAAGUAUUUCCAACCCAAAGGCAAAAGUCCUUUCUGAUGAUAAAGUCGCCUUUGUCUGCUCCGCCCUAACCACCCCCAAAGGCGACAUGUAUUGGCCCGCAGCCGAGUCUAAGACUUAUACAUCAGCCAAGAUCUAUACUGGCCUAUUUGUUCGCCAUUGGGAUGCAUGGAACACCGAAAACCAAAACUCGCUCUGGUACGGUGUGCUCACCAAGAAGGGCGACAAAUGGGCACUUGAAAAGUCUGGCCUAAACAACCUUCUAGCAGGCACUCAGCUAAGCUCGCCUGUUCCUCCUUUUGGAGGCGCUGGAGACUUCGAUAUCUCCAAGGAUGGCAUUGCCUUUGUUGCGAAGGAUCCAGAACUGAACCCCGCAAGGAACACCAAGACCGACCUCUACUACGUGCCCAUCAAGUCCUGGACAGACAAACCUGCUGCGCCCCAAAUUGUCAAGACGGGAAGACUGCGAGGAUACAGCAGUGCGCCAACAUUCUCCAAUGACGGCAAGAAGCUGGCUUUUGCGAGAAUGAAGCACCAGCAGUACGAAUCUGACAAAACACGGCUGUUGAUGAUUCCUGACAUUACCGACUUGAGCAACGUACAAGAGUUCUAUCAGACAGAUGACGACGAAGGUGGCUGGGAUCUGAGACCUGACUGGGUGGUUUGGCGGAAAGACGACAAGGAGUUGUAUGUUGCAGCUGAGAAGCAUGGAAGAUCAGUGCUUUGGAAGCUACCAUCUGAUACUCUUAAAGCUGUUGACCUUCCUGAGCCCAUUUACGAGGAAGCCUCCGCCGUGGAGGCACACAUCUUGGGAGGCAGUGACUCUCUUUUCGUUACAUCCAGAUCCCGCGUGGAGAGCUCGAGCUAUGGAAUUUUGGAUCCGGAGAAGAAAUCUUUCAAGGUAAUUUCUACCAGUUCAAAGAAUGGAAAGACAUUUGGUCUUUCCCAAUCCCAGGCCACCGAUAUCUGGUAUCCUGGAUCAGCUGAUUACGACAACCAUGCCUUGGUCAUGCUGCCCUCGAACUUCGACAAGUCUAAGAAAUAUCCUUUGGCUUUCCUGAUCCACGGUGGACCUCAAUCUGCAUGGACGGAUGAUUGGAGCACUCGCUGGAACCCGGCCAUCUUCGCUGAGCAGGGAUAUAUCGCAGUGUGCCCCAACCCAACCGGCAGCACUGGAUAUGGUCAAGCUCACAUCGAUGCGAUUGCCAAUCACUGGGGAGGCGCUCCGUACGAUGACUUGGUGAAGUGUUUCGAGUACCUCGAGAAGCAUGUCGACUAUGUGGACACUGACCGAGCCGUUGCCUUGGGAGCUUCAUACGGUGGAUACAUGAUUAACUGGAUUCAGGGGCAUGAUCUUGGACGCAAGUUCAAGGCCUUGGUAUGUCACGACGGUGUCUUCUCAACACAGAACCAGUGGGCAACAGAGGAGCUCUUCUUCCCCGAGCAUGACUUUGGCGGAACUCUUUGGGACAACCGUGCUGGAUACCAGAAGUGGGAUCCAUCGCUGCAUACUGGCAACUGGGCCACACCGCAGCUGGUCAUUCAUAACGAACUCGACUACCGUCUACCCAUCUCGGAAGGAUUGGCCAUGUUCAACGUGCUGCAGGCUCGUGAAGUGCCCAGCAAGCUUGUCAUGUUCCCCGACGAGAACCAUUGGGUGCUGAAGCCUGAGAAUUCACUUGUGUGGCACCGAGAGGUUCUGGGUUGGAUUAAUAAAUAUAGCGGGAUCGCGGACGAUGCAGAGCAGGAAAAGUAG